CAUCAGAAAAUCAAUUCCAACAUUUUCAUUUACAAAUCUUAGCAGAUCUCAGAGACUAAUCGCUGAAAAGCAAAAUGGAUUUGAGGAUCAUGGGUUUUGAUUCUCCACUCUUCUCAACCCUCCAACACAUGCUCGACGCCGGCGACGAUUCCGACAAGUCUCUCAACGCUCCCACCCGCACCUACGUCCGGGACGCCAAGGCCAUGGCGGCGACGCCGGCUGACGUCAAGGAGUACCCGAAUUCCUACACCUUCAUCGUCGACAUGCCGGGGCUGAGGUCCGGUGACAUCAAGGUUCAGGUGGAGGACGGCAAUGUGCUGGUGAUCAGCGGAGAGAGGAAGCGGGAGGAGGAGAAGGAAGGUGCCAAGUACGUAAGAAUGGAGAGGAGAGUGGGGAAGUUUAUGAGGAAUUUCGUGUUGCCGGAGAAUGCGAAUACUGAUAAGAUCUCCGCUGUAUGUCAAGAUGGGGUGUUGACCGUCACCGUUGAGAAGCUGCCACCGCCGGAACCCAAGAAGCCCAAGACCAUUGAGGUCAAAAUUGCUUGAAAUAUUGGGGGUUUUGGGAGGGUUUUUCUGGGUUUUUAAUAGUAAAUAAUGUGGUAAUGUUGCUGUGCCACAGGGGGCUUUGUCUGGGUUUGAUCUUGGGUCAAUGGCUUGGGGUGAUGAAGAUACUGAUCUCUUCAUUACAGUAUAAUGUGUAGUUUUGAUUUUUCAGUACUGUCAAUAAAGUCUGCCUUUUCUCUCC